CACUAGUGUAUCCUCCUUACAUCCACAACAAGAGAGAAAGAAAAAAGCCUAUCUUCAAAUUCUUUUGCUUCAAAACCUUAUCUUCAAUGGCUUCCUCAGCUUCUUCCCUCCAUUUCCUUUCCCUUACACCUCAAACACUUCCUCUACCAAAACCCACUUCUCAGACAACUUCCCUCUCCUUCUUUUCCCUUCCUCCUUCUUCUCUAAACCUUUCUUUAUCUUCUUCUUCAUCUUGUUUUUCUUCUCGUUUUGUUCGUAAGGUUACCCUUUCUGAUUUUGACCAAAUUGAGGAUGUUGAAGAUGGUGAUGAUGGUGUAGAAGAAGAACGUAAUUUCUCUCCUGACCUUAAAAUCUUUGUCGGUAACUUGCCUUUUAGUGCUGAUAGUGCUGCUCUUGCUGAGCUUUUUGAGCGUGCUGGUAAUGUUGAGAUGGUUGAGGUUAUCUAUGACAAGCUUACAGGAAGAAGCAGAGGUUUUGGUUUUGUGACAAUGUCCUCAAAAGAGGAAGUUGAAGCUGCCUGUCAACAAUUUAAUGGAUAUGAACUUGACGGGAGGGCUCUGAGGGUGAAUUCUGGGCCACCACCAGAGAAGAGGGAGAAUUCUUCUUUCCGUGGAGGCAGCAGGGGUGGGGGAAGUUUUGAUAGCUCCAACAGAGUCUACGUAGGAAACCUCGCAUGGGGUGUUGACCAAGAUGCACUCGAGACCUUAUUCAGUGAGCAAGGUAAGGUUGUGGAUGCCAAAGUAGUCUAUGAUAGGGAUAGCGGUAGAUCAAGGGGCUUCGGAUUUGUAACAUACAGUUCCGCUGAGGAGGUCAACAAUGCCAUUGAAAGCUUGGACGGAGUUGAUCUCAAUGGCAGGGCCAUCCGUGUAAGCCCUGCUGAAGCUCGACCUCCCAGGCGUCAAUUCUGAAGGUUGUAACGAACAUCUUUUUGACCGAGAAAACGCUUGGGGGUCCAGGAGAUGACGAUAGUUGCAACAAUGAUGAGUUAGUAAAUCUGCAACUUCUACCCCAAAGUUGCGCGGACGAGUUACUCUCUGCUUCUGGACUAACUAGAGUUCUCAAGUAAAUUAGCUUUCAUAAUGUAUGUUCUGAAAUUGCCUAGGGAAAAUUCUUGAUCUUGUAAUAUGCUAUCCAUCACUUGUUGAAGGACACGACAGUUGAAAAGUUUGAUACUCUUUGAAAUGUAUGUUAGCGAGAAGCAUUCUUGUUGUACAAUGAAUUUGCAGAAAUUGUGUUAAUUGUGCCUAUGCCUCUACAACAA